AAAAAAAAUAUGUACUUCGGCGGUCAGCAUGUUUCCAGGGGUUUUCUAUGCACUGCUGGCGGGUUUCUUGGGAGCCGUAGCCUCCUCGUCUGCGAAACUGUCGCUCGGAACCGAUUACCUUAAAGGUGUUUGUGAAACAGGGCUGAGGACAUGGGGCGAGCAGCGUAAAUUUCGACAGGAGAACGAAACUACUGCCUGUGACUGGCUGCACAUUCCCUUGCGGUUGCUGUGUGGAGGGCUGCUGUUUACCUGUAAUGCUGUGAUGUGGACGUUCCUGGCCAAAGCGCUCAGAUACUCCUCCUCCUCCACUCGAACCACUGUGACCACUACCGCCUCCAACUUCAUCUCCUCAGCAUUCCUGGGGCAGCUCAUCUUCGGAGAGACCCACAUUGCUCUGUGGUGGGUGGGGAUCUCCCUCACCCUCUCGGGCCUUCUGGUGCUUCACCGAGCUGCUCCGCACAACCCCGGGCUCUCAGACGCCCAGAAGGAUGAGUAGAAGAUGGAGGGGGCCCUCCGGCUGGGCUCCGGCGCCUGAGCACAGCCCCACACAACAGCUGCCUUUGGAGCGGAUCCGGACCAGAUCCGGGCCAGAUCCGUGCCCCAUCUGGUCCAGACGCAACUGUGGGUUAGGCCAGUGUUACUAUCAAACACAUCGCUCUCUCUCUCGCACUCGCACUCGCACACACACACACACACACAGACACUGCUUCCACUGGUCCACAGGUGGGAAUAUUUGAGUGGGAGUAGAAAAUGGUGGCCAGCAUCAACUCACCA